AAUAUCACAGACUUUGUGAACGACUCGUGCGAUGAAAACAUUUGCAAAACGCGAAUAAUCGGUAAACAAAAGUUUGUCCAAAAGUGGACAACCAUUAAGUGAACUGCAAUUAUGAGUUCCCGAUAUAAGCAGCGAAUGGUUCAGUUAAGCGCCCGAAUAUUCGGUGAAUACCGACGACCAGAUUUGCCGUCAGAGUUGACCCGCGACCGCAUUUACGACGAAAAAGUACGUCACGCGUGGCAUUCAUAUCAUCACCGAAAUGAAGUGGUCAUCAAAAAACUAUCGGCGCUACCAAUGGAUUUAGACUGUCAUCGCAAUCAUCUCUACUAUCCUCCACAUCCACAACACGUGGAUCUCAUCGAUAAACUCCGAGAGUUGGGAUUAUUUCGUGACGAACAUUUGGACUUUAAAGAUGAGAUCGAGAGACAAAAGAUCUUAAGAGGAAAAAGGAUUUGGAAAUAUGAACCAAAAAAUAAGAAAAACUAAUCAUUUUAUUAGCGUUUAAAUUACAAUUAAAUUGUAUUUGUUUUUAUAGUCAAUAAAUAUAUUUAUUAGCU